AUGUCUUUAAGAAGAGCCCAGUGCGACAACUGUACGUGCUCUCCCGGUCUCCUUUCCCGCCAGAACAAGCGCUCAAUCUCGUUUGCCAAACAAAUUUCACUCCGCCGCCGCUCCUCCCAGUCACCAGCGCCCGGAACCGAAUCCACCAAAACAUCCCGCCGAACCCCCUCCAUCUUUUCCUUUGCCACCUGUGACCAGCAAACCGGCGAGUACGACGAAAUGAACACCUCCAACCGCCUUAACGCAUUGCGCCGCCAGAUGGCCGCGCACGACCUCGCAGUGUACGUGGUGCCGUCCGAGGACGCGCACCAGUCCGAAUAUGUGUCACUUGCGGACCAGCGCCGCGAGUUCAUCUCGGGCUUCUCUGGAAGCGCCGGGGUGGCCGUUGUGACGCGCGACAUUGCGUCGCUCAACGCGGAACCCGAGGGCCUCGCGGCGCUCUCCACCGAUGGCCGCUACUUUGCACAGGCCGCCAACGAGCUCGACUUCAACUGGACCUUGUUGAAGCAGGGUGCGCAGGGCGUCCCGACGUGGCAAGAGUGGACUGUCGCCCAGGCCGUGCAGCAGGCCAAGGACACCGGCAAGGAGACGCGCAUCGGCAUGGACCCUGCGCUUGUCUCGCACGCGCAGGUGCAGAGCUUACAGAAGCUCUUGGCGGAGCAGAAGGCCGAGAACUUGGUCCUGCUCGUGGGAGUCAAGAAUCUUGUGGAUGCCAUAUGGGAGGCCUUUGAGCCGUUGCCCGUCAGACCGCUCAAUCCUAUCAAAACUUUGGCAGACCAAUACACCGGCGAGACCAGCGUCGCAAAGCUCGCUACUGUCCGCGCUCUGUUGAAGGAAAACGCCGCCAGCGCCAUCGUGGUGUCCGCUUUGGACCAGAUCGCGUGGUGUUUGAACCUCAGAGGGUCGGACGUUGAGUACAACCCGAUCUUCUACGCCUACUUGGUUGUGACCGAAGAUGCCGCUACGUUGUACGCGGACAAUUCGGAGGACGCCACCCGAUUGGGACCAAGCGUCCAAGAGUAUCUUGCAGCCAUCUCAGUGACGGUUAAACCGUACAGUGCAAUCUGGACCGAUCUUCCAAACUUGUCCAAGACCGUUCUCUUGCCGUCAGGUUCGUCCUGGGCGGUCCAGUCGGCGCUCACUGCCUCCACCAAGGCUAUGAGGUCGCCGCUUGAUGACCUCAAAUCGGUCAAGAACGCCGUGGAACUCGCAGGCUUUGCCAGUGCCCACGAAAAGGACGGCUUGGCGCUCGUCAAGUUCUUUGCGUGGUUGGAGGAAGAGCUCACGGUCAAGUGUUCCUUGAUUGAUGAGGUCGCAGCCGCCGACAAGCAGCUCGAGUUCCGCCAGGCGUCCGGUGAGACGUUUGUUGGCUUGUCCUUUGAAACGAUUUCGUCCACUGGGGAAAACGCAGCCGUCAUCCACUACGCGCCAAAGCGUGGCGAGUGCAAGACUAUCAACCCCGACAAGAUCUACCUCAACGACUCGGGGGCGCAGUUCCUUGACGGUACCACCGACACCACGCGCACGUUGUACUUUGGUGACUCGAAGAAGCUUGCGCCCGAGCAGGCCGCGAACUACACGCGCGUGCUCCAGGGCAAUCUCGCGUUGCAGGAGGCGCGCUUCCCCGAGGGCACCACCGGCUACCAGUUGGAUGUGCUCGCACGCCAGUUUCUCUGGAGCGAUGCGUUGGAUUACAGACACGGCACGGGUCACGGCUUGGGCUGCUACUUGAACGUGCACGAGGGGCCGAUGGGUGUGGGCCCGCGCCUCAGCUACAACGAUGUCGCGUUGAAAGCCGGUAAUGUCUUGUCUAACGAGCCGGGCUAUUACAAGGACGGCGACUACGGCAUUCGCAUCGAGAAUGUGAUGUAUGUUCGCGAGGUGACCGGGGAAGAUGGUAGCGCUUGCCGCUUUGGCGACAAGAAGUUCUUGGAGUUUGUGAACGUGACGAUGGUGCCAUACUGCCGCAAGCUCAUCGACGUGUCCUUGUUGAGCGUUGCUGAACGUGCCAUUAUUGAUGCGUACCACCAGAAGGUGUGGACGACGUACGAGGGCAAGUUGGACAAGGGUACUUAUGCCCACCAGUGGUUGAAGAGAGAGACCGCGCCGUUGUAA